AUGGCUAAUUCAUCUGAUGAAGAGGCUGAGAUCAGCGAGUCAGAGAUUGAUGAUUAUUCUGAAACACCGUACCUGCUAUUGCAGAACGGGAAAUACAAGGUUAAGGUGAAUGGAAUUCUGAGAUGCCCGUUUUGUUCAGGCAAGAAAAAGCAAGAUUACAAGUACAAGGAGUUAAUGGCACAUGCUACUGGAGUUUCCAAAGGAUCUGCUAACAGAAGUGCCAUACAGAAGGCGAAUCAUCUCGCUCUGGCAAAGUAUUUAGAGAAUGAGCUUGCUGGUGAUGCAGAGCCUGCUCCACGCCCUCCGGUUCCUCAGUUAAACGAGCCAGAAACCAGACCGGGUGAAAUAUAUGUCUGGCCAUGGAUGGGGAUUGUCAUUAAUCCUUUGAAAGAAAAUGAUGACAAGGAACUUCUACUGGAUUCAGCUUAUUGGUUGAAGAGGCUUUCUAGAUUCAAGCCUGUUGAGGUGAAUGCCUUUUGGGUUGAAGAAGGUUCGGUUGUUGGGGUUAUUGCUAAGUUUAAGAGCGACUGGAGUGGGUUUGCGAGUGCAACAGAGCUUGAGAAGGAAUUUGAGAAUGAAGGUUGCAGCAAAAAGGAGUGGACAGAGAAGAGAGGAGAUUCAGAGUCCAAGGCCUAUGGUUGGUGUGCACGUGAAGAAGACUAUAACUCUGAAGGGCCAAUAGGUGAAUACCUUUCCAAGGAGGGACAGCUAAAAACCGUGUCUGAUAUUUCUAAAGAAAAAGCUCAGGAUAGAAACAAUGUUCUGGAAGAACUUUCAAAUAUAAUUGCUAUGACAAACGAAGAUCUGAACAGAGUCCAAUACAGUUACAACAAAACAGCAAUGUCACUACAGAGGGUCCUAUACGAGAAAAGAAACUUGCACGAAGCUUAUGCAAACGAAACAAAGAAGAUGCAGCAGAUGUCACUUCUCAAUAUCAGGAAAAUCCUAGAAGACAAAGAGAUACUAAGCAAUGAAGUGGACAAAAAGUUGCGGAAAAUGCAGGAAUGGUCCAAAGAGUUGGACAAAAAAGAAGCACUAACUGAACUGGAGAGACAAAAGCUUGAUGAAGAGAAGAAAAAGAGUGAUUCUAUGAACAUUUCCCUCCUGAUGGCCCACCGUGAGCAAACAAAGGCUGAUGAGAGCGUGUUGAGACUUGUAGAAGAGCAUAAGAGGCAAAAAGAAGAGGCUUUGAACAAGAUCCUUCAGCUUGAGACGCAGCUGGACACCAAACAGACACUGGAAAUGGAGAUUCAAGAGCUGAAAGGCAAAUUGCAAGUUAUGAAGCAUUUGGGGGAUGAUGAUAAUGGGGCGGUCACUCUGAAAAUGAAGGACUUGAAUGAUGAGUUGGAGGACAAGAAGGGUGAGUUAGAAGGGCUAGAACAGAUGAACUCAGUCCUGAUGACAAAAGAACGUCAAAGCAAUGACGAAAUACAAAAAGCGCGGAAACGGUUGAUUUCGGGUUUGACAGGACUGUUGGGUGCCCAAACUGACAUCGGGGUGAAAAGGAUGGGUGAACUUGAUGAGACGCCCUUCCUGAAUGUUUGCAAGCGGAGAUAUUCCGCAAAUGAAGCUGCGGUUGAAGCUGCCACCCUUUGCUCUACAUGGCAGGAGAACGUCAAGAAUUCAUCUUGGCAUCCGUUCAAACUUGAAAGAACCGGUGACAAGGAGCAGGAAGUGGUAAACGAAGAGGAUGAGCAGCUGAAGAAGCUUAAAGGAGAGUGGGGAGAAGGGGUGCAUAACGCAGUUAAAACAGCCCUCGAGGAGAUGAAUGAGUAUAAUCCAAGUGGCGGCACCACAACCCUAGAGCUUUGGAACUUCAAAGAAGGAAGGAAAGCAACUUUAAAGGAAGUGAUUAGUUUCAUUUCGAAUGACAUCAAAACUCUGAAACGCAAAAGAACCUGA